AGUCUUCGGAAUUGCCUCACCACGUCAGUUUCACAGCCGUCUCUGCCGAGUGUGGUAGCAUAUUUAUGAAUUGAGAGUAGUGUGUGGUGGCUACCAAAGUUGUUACACAUAGAAAUCAAUCAAACGUAAAAACUAGUAAAGGUUUAACUUGAAUUAUUGCAAGAUUUGACCCAGAUGGUAGGAUUAUACGGACCACAAUCAUCGAUUAAUGGAUAUCAGUGUUUGAUGAAAUUAACCACAUCGCAACAGUGUUCAUAGAAGAAGAAGAAAAAAAUCUUCACAUAAGGUGUGUGUGCUGUUAUUGGUUUGAGAAUAAAAAGAAGCUGUAAUUUUGUGUUAUUGCUGUAGGGAAAAAAAUUUUCUUACUCCAAGUAUAAAAUCUUGACAUUGACGAUUAACUUUGUGGUACCCAGACAAGAAUAUUGUACAAUGUUUUUUACCGAAAUCCCGCAAAAGAAACUAGGAAAAAUAACAAGGAAUUGGGAACAAAAACGGGUUUAACCACUCUUGCAUACGUAAUCAAAGAGAAAACAAUCCGUCUUUGGGUAUUACGUUGGCCGAAAGUUCAGUUGCUCGUCAAGACGCUGAGCGCAACAAUAGAAAACACAUAGGCCAUACACACGAGUAGGGAGAAAAUGACACAACACUUAACUUGCUUUCGCAGUCCUAAGGCGGUAUCAUAUUAAAAUCAUCUCCCAUGCCAAAGGAAUAAGAAGACUGUGCAGGAAGUGCAAAAGACAUUUUGAGUGAAAAUACACUUGAGCGUUAACACCAUCAGUCAAUGUGCAUUGUUUCCACGAGGCGAGAUUUGCGGAUGCUGUAAAAUGAUUUGGAUGAAAUUUGCAGCAACAAUUGUACUCUCGUGCCUCUUGGGAGCCACGAGGGGGCAAUAUGCGCAAGACUUUGAAAUGGAAAGUAAGCACGAUGUGUGCAAAGUUAAGUGUGAUUGCUAUACUGAAGUGGAUAAGAAUGUUCUUGAAUGCCCAAAAGAGGAUUCCCGAAUCCGCGUAAGCUACUCGCGCUACAAACAGCCCAUUAAUCGAACGUACAUCGAUAUAAGUUGCUUUGUGGACGAUGAAGAGUACAGGAAUCUACCAAAUGUAACAAUUGACAAUAUUAACAUUGUCAAGAUUAGCAGUUGCGAAUUACCACGAAGUGCAUCAAUUAUGACUGUACUCAAUCGUCUUGGGGUACACAAUGUUGUGACGCUCUUCAUAAAUAAUGCCCGAAAGGAGUUCCGCAAUAAACUCAUACGGCAACACCUGACUGGAUUGAGCAAUCUCACGCGCCUCACAAUAAGUUCCAGCUACAUUACGGAGAUCCCUGAAGAUUUCUUCGAGGAUGUCCCCAACAUAACGUGGUUGAGUUUGAAAAUGAACAAAAUAACCACCAUAAAGAAUGUCUUCAGUAAACUCAAGAAUCUCGAUACACUCGAAUUGGGUGAAAAUAAUUUGCAUUCAAUCGAAGAUGGGACAUUCGAGAAUAACUCCCGCCUCCGCAUACUAACUCUGUGGACGAAUAACAUUCAGAAUCUCACAAAGAAUGCAUUUCGUGGAAUUGAAUCUCUUCGUAUUCUCGAUUUGACCAACAAUCAAAUUGAAACAUUUGAACCCGAUGUUUUUGACCUCUUGCCAAAUCUCUCGGAAAUUUAUCUGAAUAAGAAUAACUUCCGUGAACUCCCAAGUGGUUUAUUUAAGAACAAUAAAAAGUUAAAAGAUUUCGUGCUACUGUACAAUCAGAGAUCCCUCAAGAACCUCCCAAGUGGUUUCUUUGCCAAUCUCAAUGAACUCAAUCGUGUCUAUAUGAGAUGUGAUUUAGAAACAUUACCCAGUGAUUUGUUUAGUGGUUCCGAAAAUUUGCAACAUAUUGAUUUGUCAAACAAUAAAUUAGUGUCUGUGCCAAAGGAAAUGCUGGCGGGUCAGAAGAAUCUCAAAACACUCCAUUUGAGUUUCAACAAAUUGACCAAAUUGGAAGAUGGAUUGUUUGAUGGUGCAACAGCCCUCACUGAACUCUAUCUCAACAACAACAACCUUACGCAGCUACCCAGGCACAUUUUCAAUUCUCUCUCCAAUCUUGAGACAUUGUACCUCAACAAUAAUAACCUGAUGACAAUCCCAAUGGAUACAUUUGGCAAUGCAAGAUCCCUCAAAGUCAUCGAUAUGUCACACAAUGUGCUAACAUUCAUGGAGAAUCAACACGAACCCUUCCAGCUUAGUUCACCAUUUCAGAUACAGACAAACCUUCAUCAUCUCAAUCUAAGUCACAAUCAUAUCGAGAAAGUCUUCCCCGAUUGGAUGUUCAAUCUAAUUAAGCUGGAGCAUCUGGAUUUGAGCUAUAACAACAUUAAUUUUAUCACAACCAAUGAUUUGCAAUUUUUAUCGCGGAAAAUUCAGGUGUACUUAACACACAAUCAAAUUACGGAAAUUUUCUUCAAAGAUAUCGAAGCAAUGGCCAGUGAUCACAAUUUAUCGGAUAACAUUGAGGUACCUGUACUGUAUUUGGAUGGGAAUCCUGUGGUAUGCGACUGUCUACUGACGGAAUUUGUGCGUUUGGUGAAGAAUCAAUUGAGUAGCGAUGUGAAGAAACUGAUUAAAAUUGAUCCUGGCAAGCUAACUUGUAGUGCACCACCGGAACAUGCGGGAAAACUAGUGGCUUCUGUUGAUCCGCACGAUCUAUACUGUGACUUUGACACAGAUAGCAGUAAGAUCAAGAAAUGCCCAAUUGGUUGCAAAUGUCAGCUACGUCGAACGGAUUAUGCACUCGUUGUUAACUGCUCCAAUGCUGAACUUACAACUGUCCCAGUUCUCCCCAAUCCACAGACCUCAUCUCUAAACUUCACCAUUCUCUACUUGGAAAACAACUACCUUACACACCUGCCCAAAAAUACAGAUCUUGGCUACGAUCGAGUACGUUUCCUCUAUGCAAAGAGCAACAAUAUAACAAAUAUUGCACCUGAAAACCUUCCAUCUCAGCUGGAAUUGCUUGAUUUACGAAAUAACAACAUGAUCCACAUAAAUGAAACAGUUCUCAGUGCAUUCAACGACACCAACACCCUCAAAAAUAUUUCACUGAGCAACAAUCCAUGGAAAUGUAAUUGCGAAGCAUUGAGCUUCAUGAUUUAUAUCCAGAGCCAAUUUAAGAAAGUGAAUGACUAUGAUAAUCUUGAGUGCUCAGAUGGGCAGAGGAUUAAUAAAAUGGUGCCCGGGGAUAUUUGCACAGAUGAUGUUCAAACGAUUGUGGCACUAAGCAUCACACUUGCCCUACUUGGUAUUCUCAUUGGCAUACUAGCUGCACUGUACUACAAAUAUCAGCAGGAAAUUAAAAUAUGGAUGUAUUGGCACAAUAUUUGCCCUUUCAUCUUCAACAGCGACACAUUGGAUGCAAACAAGAAAUACGAUGCAUUCAUCUCGUAUUCACACAAAGAUGAAGAUUUUGUUGCUGAUACACUUGUGCCAGAAUUGGAAUUUCGCCGGAAGUUCAAUUUAUGCAUCCAUAGACGUGAUUGGACAGUUGGAGAUUUUAUUCCUGAUCAGAUAAUCCGCUCCGUAGCUGAUUCUCGUCGUACAAUAAUCGUACUCAGUCCCAACUAUGUGGAAUCCGUAUGGGGCACCAUGGAGUUCAGAGCGGCGCAUCAUACAGCAGUGAAAGAGAAUGUUUCACGUGUCAUUGUGAUCAUAUAUGGCGACGUGAAUACACAGAAUAUGGAUUCAGAGCUCAAGAGCUAUAUCGACAUGAAUACAUACAUCAAAUGGGGGGAUCCGUGGUUUUGGGAGCGUCUCCACUAUGCCCUGAGGACAAUUAAGACUGGCAAAAAGGGAGCAGGUGCAUUCUUCAAGACAUCGUCAAAGAGUACGGUAGACGAUAAAUUAGAACUAAUUCAUCCAUCACCAAUGACACCACCACAUGCAACAUCACCUGUCGACAGCCCAAAGCUCAAUGGGUCAAUAUCUUAUGCGCGCAAUGGGAAGUUACCCAAUGGUGGACUCAAUGGACACGUAAAUGGUGCAUUUAUCAUCAAUACAAACUCCAAACAGAGCGAUGUUUGAUUGUUUAGUAUCGAUGACCAACCCUAUGAUAGCAUUUCUUCAGAAUAUACUCUCGAUGUUUGAGUAAAUUAAAUUUUAUCCAAACGUGAAUGGUUUUAAAAAAAAAUUGCAUUCAUAUUGCUAUUCACAAUAUUAUAAAUAAUAAUAUAAUACAGAGGACGAAACAUAAUUAAAUGUGAUAUUGAUAUUUUCUUCUCUCUCGGCAAUUUUAAUGCUAUAAAUUCUCGAGCUUUUACCCUUCAAUUACGAAUACUUUUUUUUAAAUCAUUUUAUUCUAAACAAUAUCCAUUAUAUACCUACAUAUACUAUAAUAAUUAUAGUUCCGCGUGUUAAGAGAUUCUCCCUCCCUCCAUCUUACUCCUUUAUAUUUAUAAAUAUUAUAAAAAUAAAUAUACUUUGUUAGAUAAUAAGUAUGUAUAUGGCAAAACGUAAACGUUUAUAUUGCAAAAAAAGAAUAAAGCCUACCUACAUAAAUUGUAGUUAAAUUAAAAAUAUAUAUAAAAGAAAAUAAUUAGUUAAGAAUGUCUUUUAGAUAGAAAGAUUCAUUAUUACCUGAUGAAUAUUAAUUAGAAACAUAAGAAAUUAUAACUUAUAUGACUGAUUCACAUUGAUGCUCAGAAAUAAAUGAUUAUAUAGAUUAGACAUUUAUCGGCGAAAGACAAAGAUAGAUGUAAUUGCAACUUUUGCUUUCCCUACAAAUCACCGACCUACAAUUUGCAAAACCAACAACAUUAUCUCCUUUCAAUGCUAUUUUUAUAUAUUAUUUUUUUCAUUAUCACCUAUUUUUGAGUUUACUUGAAAUGAUUGUGAAAAAAAAUGGAAUAAUUUUUUAUACGUAAAAUGUAUUGUAAGAAAAGUGAGCAAAAUAAAAAAAAUGUUGCCAAGAUAAA